AUGGAAUACUUUGUGACCAACGUCCUGUGCAAGUUUCCAAGAGAAUCAUUCAAAGACAUGGUGAAGUUGAACUUGACCAACCACAACAUCUUCAGAUCCUUCUGCGGAAGUGAAGGCAAGGAAGUUGACUUGUCAUGGCAGGGCGAGUACACAGAUGCAGAAAUCUUAGUGGUGCAGUUCCUGAAGGUUGCAGUGUUUGGCAAGACGCCGGACCCGCAUUUCAAAACAAUUUUGAAAGGAGGCACCAACAUUGAGGACGUCAUGCUGUCCCAAAAAGUUGCUGACCUUGUUUCCGAAAUCUUGCUCAAGCUAGAGGCAGAGAUCAGCCCAGGCAAAGUGAAGGAAUCUGUGUUGGCUGCUGAUGAUGACGAGGAUCCAGAGACGAAGGUUUCUUUGGAAAGCUUGGUGGACAGUGAGCUCCUAGAGGAUGAGGAGAACGCCAAAGAACUUCAAGAACACCUGCGAGCAGUGAAAGAGUAUGCUGGGCGCUUCAUCACGUUCAGGCCAUUUGAGCAGUCGGUUCUGAAGACACAACAGUUGCUGGAAGGCACUGUGCUGCAGAAGUUUCCCGUGCGUGGGAAAUAUUGGUGCGUGUGGUAUGACACCAAAACUCAAGGUGAAUCAUCUGCACAGCCACACUGCCGCUGUCCUCCAUACCAGAAGGCAACGUUCAAGAAGCAUGUUCAUGCAGCUUUCCAGGCCCGUGGUGAGACAGAGAUCACUGAGGAGACAUUGGUGAUGUGCAUGGAUGGGUUUCGUUCUUUGGAAGCCCAAUUCUCCAAGGAUUUGGUGCUGCCCAGUGGUGACGUGAUGAUGAAAUCCCUCAAUACCUUUCAGGUGGCAUAUGACGAAAAGGCUCUCAGAACCAGAAAAUGCCUUACCCGUGGCAUGGUGUCCCAGGUGGAAGGGCUGCAUGUCUACAGCAAAGAGGGCUUGGCUUUGACAGACCGGGAGAGAAAGACCUAUGUAGGCUCCACACAUGGUUCCUUGAUUGGACCGGUGGUUGUGUCUCCCUUCCGUGGCGGAUUCCUGGUGAGCAAGGAAUGCAAGGAGAAGAUGCUGGGGGAAAACGGGAAGGUGCUGGCAGGAGGUCCUUGUCAAGGUCAAGGUUCUCUUCCUGGAGACAUCGAGGACAUGUUGCCUGCCAGCUUCUACUCCCUUCCGACCGCAUUCUACAUUGAAAUGAUCCACUCCUUCGAGCUGGGUGGUGUCUAUGAUAGCACCUGCAUGGAUGUGAACUUCGCUUUGGCAUGCUUGAAAUCGAAAGUUCCAUAUAUAGGCUCAUGCCUCUCUGAGUAUGCUUGCGAGGUGCUGGAAGCUGAAGUGGUCCGUGCUUGCUGGAAGGAGUUCCUUACUCCUGAGUCUGAGCUGUAUGAUGUCAAUCUGCACAAGCUGGUGGAUGCCCAGGGCACUCAAGGAGUCAAAGGAGCCAAAGGAGGCAAAGGCAAAAAGGGAGGCAAAAAGGGAGGCAAAAAGGGAACCAAAAAGGGAGACGGCAAAGGAGACGGCGAGGACCCAGAACCAGAAGAGCCUGGCCAAGGAACCAAAGGAGGAGGAAAGCCUGGCAAGGGCAGCAAGGGCGGCAAGGGCGGCAAGGGCAAUACGGAGGCUUCGAUCAUGCAGGCAUUGGCUUCCCUUGGCAAUCAGCACUGUCAGCUAUCCCUAAUAGAGGGAUUCCGAUUAAGAGACUUAGAGCUUCGAAAGAGCAAAGACACUGCCCAGCACAGACGGGCACGGGAGGAAGAAAAAGGUGAAGCAGAAUUGGCACUGCGGAAAAUGCCAGAUGUUUCUCUAGUGACUAGUGCCGUAUCAGAGAGUAGCAGCUUCGAAGCUUCUUUGGGUGCUGCACAACUGCUGUGCCAUUUGGUCUUUGCUGUUGUGAUGCCAGGCGAUCGAUGUGAUGCGCAGGGGCCGCAGGGGCCUCAAUUUAAGCACACUGACAGUAGUGGACUCCGUGUUGGCAGCUGCUGCAGUGGCUUGAGCGCAGAACUUCUGGCCUUGGAGAUGUUAAGGGUAUCGUUUGUGAGUUGCGUGGCGUGUGAAAUCGAUCACAAGUUGCUGAAUUUGAACCAUGCAAUGCAUGGCCAUUGCAAUGUCUUUUCAGAUUGCUGCACAGAGGAAUUCUUAGCUUCUCCAAGCUGUGACUUAUUUGUAGCAGGUUUUCCGUGCCAGCCUUUCAGCAAAGCAGGAAACAACCAUGGCAUCCUGGACCCACGCGGUCAUGUGAUUUUCUGGAUCCUGCGGUGGCUGUGGCUUCACAAGCCCUUGUGCUUCAUUUUGGAGAAUGUGGGCAAUUUUGCUCAACAACACAAAGAGACUUUGGACAUGAUUAUUAGCAUCCUGACCGUCAUGAAUAUAUACCACGUGGAAUGGAAAGUGCUGGAGAAUUCUGCGGUUGGUUGGCUGCCGCAACAUCGGGAGCGCAUUUUCAUCUGCGGGGUUCGCAAAGCUUCAUUGCUUAGGCCGUUUGUCUGGCCAGGGGAUGUGGCCAUGCUUCCUUUACGAAACUACUUUAAGGAAAACAUCCAGCAUCAAGAAGAGCUGGGCAUGGAUUCCCUGAACAACACGGAGAAGAAUAAUGUGCAGAAGCUUGCUGCCAAUGUCGCAAAACAGGGCUGGAUUCUCGGACACGAGGAGUAUGUUUGUGACAUUUCGGGCAGCGUGCCUCACGCUAUGUGGGGUGUAAGUCCAUGCUUGACAGUGACCCGAGCUGGCUCUUCAGGCCAUUGGCUCUCCUGGCUUGAGCGUAAGAUGACAACCCGCGAGAUUCUCAGCCUUCAAGGCAUCAGUCUCGAAAGGGUUGGUGAUUACUGGCACCAUAUGUCAGAACGCCAGCUACGCCGAGCAGCUGGAAAUGCUGUGCCGGUACCACUGCUGGCGCGAGUGAUCAAGAUGGUUCUGAUUGCUUGUGGGAAGGUGCAUUAA